AACAACAACAACAACAACAAGGACAGCAACAAGUGCAACAGCAUUAGCACAGUCAGCAAAAAUAACAACCAAUUUUCCCAGACGUCAUCUAGCAAGCAGCAGCAUGCUAUGUCGACAAACAGCUCAGAUCUCUACGUCCGCCCGGCCAUUGGUGACUGGGACGUCCUUCUCUCCUUCAGCGCCGCCCUGAUCGCCGUCUUGACCGUCGGCUGCAACAUGCUUCUCCUCUGCGUCAUCGUCAAAAGUAGAGCGCACCAGACGCCUACGAACAUUUUCAUUGGUUCUCUUGCCAUAGGUGAGAUGCUGAUUGGUAUAUUCGGCAUCCCGUUUGCAGCAGCCAGUGUCAUCGCCCAUGAUUGGUUAUUUACUUUGACGACGUGCCGGGUCACUGGAAGCUUCCAUUUGAUUGGUCGUACUUCAAGUACUUAUAGUUUAAUGGCUGUGUGUGUUGACAGGUGUAUUGCAAUAAGUCGACCAUUAAAGUACCCGCAUAUGUUGACUAUAAAAUCGGCUACGGCUGUUUUAAGCUGUAUUUGGUUGCAGAGUGUGAUAGUUGCAUCUUUGCCUCUUGGCACUUGGGGGUCUUACAAAUAUGUGGCAACUUACUACCUAUGUAUCUUAGUCAGGAAUAUUGGUGAGCGCCAGCAUAUCACGAAAGAAAUAAUUUGUAGCUACAUUCCAGCAGUAGUUAUCAUCCUCUCCAUAUUGCAAAUCAUCAGAGAGAUCAAAUCACAUCACAGAAUAUUCACAGUUAUCCCCCUUCCUGUGGAAGUGGCUCCGGGGGACAUUAUCCCGGGAAUUGUUUCAGGACCUCGAGCUUUCAAUAGGAACACGUCUCGCGCUAUGAGAUCUUUGUUCAUUGUGACGUGUGGCUAUGCGCUCUUCUGUUUGCCUGUGACGGUCACGAACAUUGUGCACCAGCAGAGUUCUCGUUCCUUGCCCCCAGCUGUCGUCACGGCGAUUGUGUGGCUGUCCUUUCUUUGCUGCGUUAUCAACCCCAUCAUCAUCAUAUCACUCAACAGGAAGUUCAGAGAGCAG